AUGUUCAGACAAUCACUCAGAUCAUUCUCCACCUCCUUCAAACCUAAGUUUGCCAAGAUGACUUUAAUUGGUACUAUUGGUACCGAUUUACAAAAGCAAACAACUUCCACAGGUAAGGACUUCGUCAAGUAUGCAAUUGCUGUCAAUUCCAAGAGUAAAGGCACUGAGUCUGUUUCUUGGUUCAACAUUGCAUGUUUUGCUCCUGCUCAAAUUGAGUUCAUGGAAAAAUACUUGGGCAAGGGUGCAAAAAUCUAUCUCGAGGCAGAGGCAAAAAAUACAGCAUACGAAAAGGAGGAUGGCACCAAGUCAUUUAACUUAAUGCUAUUUCAAUCAAACUUUGAAGUGGUAAAGUUCCCAAAGAAACAAGAAGAAUAA